AUGGCUGCUGCCUCUUCCUCCUGCAAUGUGGAAGAAGACGAGAGCCUGAAGGGAUGUGAACUCUAUGUUCAGAAGCACAACAUCCAACAGAUUUUAAAAGAGUGCAUUGUAAACCUUUGCAUAGCAAAGCCAGACCGACCCAUGAAGUUCCUCAGAGAACACUUUGAAAAAUUAGAAAAGGAGGAAUGCAAACAAAUACUGGCUCGGCAGAAAUCCAGUUCCCAGUCUGAUUCUCAUGAUGAUGAGAUUUCCCCUCCUCCUCCCAACCCAGUGGUAAAAGCCCGACGCAGAAGAGGGGGGGUCAGUGCAGAAGUGUACACUGAGGAAGAUGCUGUUUCCUAUGUCAGAAAGGUUAUUCCAAAGGACUAUAAAACUAUGACGGCUCUGGCAAAGGCCAUCUCCAAGAACGUGCUCUUUGCUCAUCUGGAUGACAAUGAACGAAGUGACAUAUUCGAUGCCAUGUUCCCCGUCACACACAUCGCAGGAGAAACAGUCAUACAACAGGGUGAUGAAGGAGACAACUUCUAUGUGAUUGACCAAGGCGAGGUGGAUGUUUAUGUCAACGGGGAGUGGGUCACCAGCAUCGGGGAAGGCGGCAGCUUCGGGGAGCUGGCACUGAUCUACGGAACACCCCGGGCCGCCACCGUCAAGGCCAAGACCGAUCUCAAGCUCUGGGGCAUCGACAGAGACAGCUACAGACGCAUUUUAAUGGGCAGCACGCUGAGGAAGCGGAAGAUGUAUGAAGAAUUCCUGAGCAAGGUCUCCAUCCUGGAGUCCCUGGACAAAUGGGAGCGGCUGACAGUGGCUGAUGCACUGGAACCUGUCCAGUUUGAAGAUGGAGAAAAAAUUGUUGUGCAGGGAGAGCCCGGUGAUGACUUCUUCAUUAUUACAGAGGGCACAGCUUCCGUGCUGCAGCGCAGGUCUGACAACGAGGAGUACGUGGAAGUGGGGAGACUCGGUCCGUCGGAUUAUUUCGGUGAGAUAGCGUUACUGCUCAACCGGCCCCGAGCCGCCACCGUGGUGGCACGUGGACCCCUCAAGUGCGUAAAGCUGGAUCGGCCCCGCUUCGAACGCGUGCUCGGUCCCUGUUCCGAAAUCCUCAAGAGGAACAUCCAGAGAUACAACAGCUUCAUUUCGCUCACCGUCUAAGUGGCUCCUCCUGGCAAGCUGCCUUCGUGUGACCUUGUGCACUUCACUUUGCUCUGUGCAGCUCCAUAGCUUUAUGAAGAAGAAAAUAAAAGGUGUGCAUUUUAUGUGUAUUUUUUUUGUUUAUGUCACGUACUG